UUAAGAUAUAGAAUAUGGAGUCACAAACAAAGGCAUAGUUACUCUCUAAAGAACACCUAUUUCUAUAUCCCAGAACCAGGGAGAUCUAGAAAGUGGUCGAGCCUGCUUACUUGGAAGCAGGAGACUCCAAAUUUGAGGUUAGUAAUAGGGGAGUCUGUGACUGUUUUGACUUGAUCAGAUUUGGGGCCUUAGUAACGGCAAUGAGAACUUUAAAGGACCUUUGUUGGAGCUUGGGAUGGUAGAACUAGGAGGCGAAGCAAUAUUCGAGGUUGUUUUAUGCUAUUUAUCUCAAGAUAGGCAACCUGCACUUGAUACCAGCCGUUAGAAAGAUCUAAUAUGGCUUAUCUAAAUGCUGUUACCAAUGACUAUAUCCAUGCUCUGGACAAAGUUACUUACAACAAUAAACACUUCAAGCUCUUUCUCAAGGAGCUUUUCAGCAGAGAAGAAGGAGAAUAUGAUAUGAUCCUUGAUAAUGCAAAAAUUCAUGUUUCAAAGAAGACAAAAGAGUUCUAUGUAGAAAAAAAAUUCUGAUCCUUAUUCCUUCUUACUCUCCAUCAGUAAUAUGUGAGAGAAGGUGGUGUUCGUAAUUAAAUCCAGAAUAAGAAGGCUGAAAGACAGGGAAGAGAAAUAACGCUAGGAACUUGUCAGAGAUAAAUAAAUCAAAUCCCUCCAUAUGAGUUUGAUAGCUGAACAAGAUUGAGCUUUAAAGAAACCAUCCAGAUCGCCAAAUAAUUUUUCCAAAAAAAUCUUCAAAAUCUAACUUUUAUAUUCUAAAGAUUU